CUCCCGAAACUGUACCUUCCACGACCGAGCGGUUCGGGCGCGCCGCCACUCGCCUGAACCCGCCACCGCUCGCCGCGCCCCAGCGUCGCCCCCGCCCUGCACCCAUCGGUUUCGCACUUGGGAAGUCCUCCCUUACCAGGCCGGACGAUGGCGGCGGCGGCGGCGUUUAUGGAGCUUGCGCUCGAGCAGGCCCAGUUUGCGUUGGACAACCUUGAGGUCCCUGUAGGAUGUGUGAUUGUGGAGGAUGGGAAGGUGAUUUCUUCCGGUAGCAACAAGACGAACGCCACCCGGAAUGCUACAAGGCAUGCUGAGAUGGAAGCAAUUGAUGUCCUUCUUAGGGAGUGGCAGGGCAUGGGACUUGAUCAGCCACAUGUCGCAGAGAAGUUUGCAAGAUGCGACCUUUAUGUCACAUGUGAGCCUUGCAUAAUGUGCGCAAUGGCGUUGUCGAUACUUGGAAUAAGGGAAGUGUACUUUGGUUGUGCUAACGAUAAAUUUGGUGGAUGUGGAUCGAUCAUGUCUCUGCACCAGAGUUCUUCUACUGAAUUUUCAGGGAAGGAAAUUCCCGGACCAAAAGGUUACAAAUGUACUGGUGGGAUCAUGGCGGAGGAGGCAGUGGCUCUUUUCAGAAGUUUUUAUGAGCAAGGGAACCCAAAUGGGUGUCACCAAACAAGGAGGGCUUGGUCUGCAGAAGUUACCAGUUUGAGCCAUUGAAUUUAUUUGCUGUUUGAGAGGGAGGGAGGGAGAUUUGCUCUUCCAAAUAACUUUUUUUUCUUGCACCCUAAUGCUUCAAGAUGCCUUUUGGUUCACCGAUUUGAUGAGUCCUUUGAACAAUUGUCAUUUGUUGUCAACAUACAAUGAGAUAACUCAGCAGUUUUCUUGCAUAAGAUCAACUCAAAAGCAAAAUCACAGCAUGUGUGAUGAUUGGUCUAAGCGCACACUGCAUCAAGCGCUGCAAAAACUUUCAGGACAAGCAGACAGGAGAGUGCUUCUCUGCUUAUAACCUUUUAUUCUUCUAGGUGAUAGCAGGAACCAGCAAGCA